AUGUCUACCUCCAAGUACACUGAGAAGGGGCCAUCAUCUUCGCCUAGCAGUGAACCUACUCCCGAUGCUACGGAUGAUGCGACCAUUGGAACUGUCUCAAGCAUAACUGCCGGUUCACAAGCCUUGCAUCGCAAAUUACGCGGGAAAGAAGUGCAGCUGUUUGCAAUUGGUGGAGCAAUUGGAACUUCUUUAUAUGUUCAGAUGGGCUCGGCGUUACCAAAAGGAGGACCUGCUGGUCUCUUCAUUGCCUUCAUUCUAUGGGGAAUGGUUAUGUGGGCGGUUAACGAGUGCUUUGCCGAGAUGGUGACUUACCUCCCUGUGCCAUCACCCUUCAUUCGCUUUGGUAGCGAAUGGGUUGACGGUGCGCUAGGCUUUGCUAUGGCCUGGAACUUUUUUCUCAAUAUGGCAUUUCUUGUGCCUUUCGAGAUGGUGGCUAUGAACAUCAUGAUUACAUUUUGGACAGACAAGGUCCCUGUCGAGGCUAUCAUCGUCGCGAUGAUCGUUCUCUAUGCCUUACUUAACGCGAUCAGUGUGCAAUACUUUGGAAUUUCCGAGUUCUACCUAUCAAUCUUCAAAGUUGUCUUGAUGAUUGGGUUAUUCUGUUUCACCUUUAUUACUAUGCUAGGGGGCAACCCGUUGCACGAUCGAUACGGAUUUCGAUAUUGGGACAAUCCUGGAGCAUUCGUUGACCAUCUUGUCCCCGGGAGAACAGGACGGUUCCUUGGCGUUCUUUCUUGUGUGUAUCAGGCUACUUUCUCGAUCUGCGGGCCAGAGUACAUAUCUAUGGUUGCUGCCGAGGCAGAGAAUCCUCGAAAGAUUCUACCUCCCGCUUAUCGAUCUUUUGUCUGGCGCAUUCUAGUAUUCUUCGUGGGCUCUGCUCUUUGCAUGGGUAUUGUCAUCCCAUAUAAUGACUCGACUCUCCUUUCUAUCUUAGGAGGGGACAUUUCUGGAUCUGGCACAGGUGCAGCAUCGCCAUAUGUUAUUGCUAUGGAACGGCUUAAAAUCCAUGGCCUUCCACAUCUCGUCAAUGCCCUUAUCAUGACAUCCAUAUUCAGUGCUGGUAACGGUCUUUUAUUUUCAGCGACUCGCACCUUACACGGAAUGUCACUCGAAGGACAUGCGCCUCGGUUCUUUUCGUGGUGCACUAAGAGCGGCGUGCCUCUCUGGGCACUUCUAUUUUCUCUCUCAUUCUGUCUACUCGCUUUUCUUCAGGUCAACAGCUCCUCUGCCGAAGUCAUGACUUAUCUUGUUGAUCUGGUUACAUGCUGCCAAUUGAUAAACUACGGGUUCACAGCCCUAACAUAUCGGCAUUUCUACUCUGCACUAGCAAAGCAAGGAAUUUCACGAGACAGUCUUCCUUACAAGGGCCGAUUUCAGCCUUAUACUUCAUACCUGGCUAUGGGCGGUACGAGCUUCAUGGUUCUGGCAGGGGGUAUGAUCUGUUCAUGA